AAGGCGAUAGGAUGAUAUAACCGUCUACCGAGGUUCACAGUAUAUUCUCUAUAAGCCUGGGCAGCGGCAGCAGCAGGAGCCGGAGUCGAGAAUUAGCACCUCGAGUCAUGGCAUUCGCCGCACUUCCACCCGAGCUGCGCAGCCUCUGCCGGAGAUUGACGUCGACUAAGGUUGACCAACUCCCAGCUAUCCUGCCUUCUCUCCUCAAGGACUUAUCACGCUGUCAAGGGCCACUAUCCAAGCCCCAGGAGACUAAGACUCCCGAGGGCUCCUCUGAAUCAGCGGUGCUCGUGCAUAGGCUGAAGACCCAGAUAGCCUCACUUCUGAAUGGCAGAAGCGCCCACGGCCGCUUCGUCGCCGUCGCCUUGGUAAAGGCUGUCGUGGAAACUGGCGGCUGGGAGUGUCUUCGCACCUCGGAGCCAUGGGUCCGGGGCCUGCUGUCCGUCCUUCAGAGAAAGGACUCGUCUGUUAUAAAGGAUAUGUGCAUCGUGGCCCUGGUCAAAAUAUACACUUUGAUGCAUGCCUACCCGACUCUAGUACGGGAAAUCGUUACCCCUACCCUUCCUACAUUUGCGACAGCAUGUCUCCAGAUCCUAAAGCCUCCGUUGUCCAGCAAAGCCGUUAAGAUCACCAAUGACCUUGUCGAGACCAUCUUCGAGGCCUUUUCGGCCAUAAUCCCGUUAUACCCCACAACUCUACGCCAAUUCUCCGCCAAAUUCAGAGCUGAGGCGCGGCCAUAUCUGGUCCCGACCAGCUCAGACACCGCUAUUAUCCCAGCGUCUUUACAGACAAGCAGUCGACGUCUAGUAGUCAGACUACAUAUGACAGCUGCAAAGGGUGGGGACGUAACGGAAUGGGCGAGGAGUCUAGAUGGCCUUAUCAAGACAUUCCACUCCACAGCCGACCAAGUCUUCCGAGCGAUCCAAGAGAACUGGGAGUCAGUUUCAGGCCACAUGUCAAGUUACACGCCACAAACGGCGGUCUUUGAUGUAGAGCCCCAGGGCGGGGGCGCCGGCUCAGAUCAGUUUCCUCCAUGGACUGGCGUUUACGCAGGUAGCGAACGGAUGAUUGGCUUGCUUGAUUUUAUCGCCGACUACCUUCGUUGCCGCACGAAAAGCGCCGUUACCGUUCCGAUUAGCGCUAUUGUUGACAUCGUGACGAGGGUGUCUUCGGUCAUGCCGCCGCUUCCAGACAAGGAGAAGCCUGAAUCGGCCGACAUGAAUUCGGCAGUCGGAAGGGAGGAGAAGGAUGAACUGUGGGUGGUAUUCCCGGAUAUUCAGGUUGCUGUCAUGAGGCUACUUCUUACUGCAACCCGACGAUUGGGAAGAAAUUUCGUGCCGGCGGCACAGACAUCGCUCGAACAGCUGUUGCGGAUGUUCGAAUCCGGGUAUCGGUUACCAGAAGUUCGAUUGGCGGCAUUUCUUCUACUCAGAGAGAUGCUCGAACUCUGCGGGCCGGCGAUGGCUAAGCUUACUGUCGAAGGUUUAAGCCUCAUCAUAAAGACAUGCUGUCGUGAUAUCCUCGCAUCAGCGGGCCAUAUCAAGCGUCCUAAGCAAUCAACCGCGGCUUUACAAGAUGGACAGAAAUCGAAAUCCGUCGUCCACAACGCCGAUGCGUUUCUGAACGGUAAGAUCGAGGAUGAAUCUAUCUCCGUCUCCUUAGACGCAACCCACAUUCGGGCAGCUGAGGCGCUUUUAACUGCCCUAUUCAGUCACGUACCCCAGCAGCACAUCCCCUCCCCCCUCAGAAUUCAGAUGUUAAGGACAGCUAUCCUAUGCCGCAAUAAGGACGCGCAAGUAGCCAGCGUGCUCCAUCCGGCGAGGGAAAAGGAUAAUAGAACACCACAGGUCAUACUGCCCUACCUUACUCAACAGUUUCCCUACGAUGAAAGCGUUGAAGUAUUACGCUUCAACUUCCGGCCGUUAGCAACAGGGCCUAGGAACAAUCUCCUAGAUUCGGAAGAGGCGUCGGUGGAAGAAGAAUUGGACACGAGGCUUUCAAACAAUAGCUUCUCAUUCGGUCGGCCUUUCGAGAACCCUGUUUUCAACACCCAGGAUGCUAUCCCGACCGCAACGGCUAGGCCAACAAGCCCUGCUACACAACCUUCGGAAACUACAAGGACUCCCAACCCAUUUCUUCCCGAGCCAUCGCCGCAAACAAUAACUAUUGGAUCGGAAGAGCACGCUGCCACCGUACAACCACCCUCUUCUACCAACUCGCUCAAGCGGAAGAACGAAAGCGCAGAUAUCGCCGUGUCCAAACGGCUUGAGGUUGACAAUACAAAGGCUGUAACUAGUACUAGUACCAUAAUACCAGUCGAUAGGACGGAUGCUGCUUUCGACCCGCCGGGUGCUCGACACAGUAGAGCGGAUAAAGUCGAAGCCGACGAAGGAGCGAAAGACAGCAGCGACAAUGAGAGCGUCCAUCUUAACAUGGAGCUCGACUCAGACGACGAAGGGGAGGAUGAGGAGAAGGAGGGAGACGAAGAAGAUGGUGGUGACAACGACGCCGCCUCCGCCUAGGGAGGGCCGGAGAGCCAGGGUUGGAUAGAGGAGACGGCAAACAGGCAUUCGAGCCGAAGUCGACAGCUCAGCGAUGUCACGCAUGGUAAAUGGGCGAAUUCCUGGGCCCGCGCGUCCCGGGUAAAAUUUGGCUCUCGCGUAGGCUAUCAGUUGUUAUCAACCCACGUGGGGGGAAAGGGGGUCUCGGGCCCAGGCGAUGAGCUGUAGAUACCACCCACACCCACACCUCGCAGGCUGCAGCAGAAACC